AGAAAGCCGGGAUUGGCCCACCUCGAAUCGGUGGAAUCACCCCCAACAACCCCAGGAAUUCCCGUCCCCCCACCGGCGCCGGCGGCGACAGGCUCCGGUGGCGCUCUCCCGGGCUGCCGCGCACCUGCUUCUCCUCGCCUUCCGCUGCAUAGUCCCCACUUGACACCUCCCGCUGCUUCCGCGCCCCUCGCGUCCUGUGCCUCACCGCCUCCACCGCUUGCCCUCCGCCUCCAGCCAACGGGUCACCAACAGGAGCUUUCCAGGCUGCUCGUGGUCGCCAACUGCCGAGCUGCGUCGUAUGGAUGCCCGCCGCCACCCUCCGAGCUCCGUCGGGGGCAGGCGACGGCCUCAUCGUGACGGGUUUGAUGGCGGGACGGCGGAGGUGAUCCAAGGCUAGCUGCCCCGUGCUGUCGCGCGUCCACGGAGAACCGCGAGCUGCUGCAGGCAAGAGGUCUGUGAGAGAUCUGUGGACGGAAGGGCCGCUGAACUUUGGUCUUCCGGCAUCUCUCGAUUUUAAUAAAGAAGUUCUUAUUGCAUCCCAUAUGCGCCGUGCAUCACGGAGUAGUCUGCUCAUCAGCACUGGACGGCCCUGACAUAUUCACAUGUGCAUCUUGGCGCGGAUCUGAGAGUCUGGAGCGAGAUGGCAGCAGAAAUCGUGAGCGCGACCAGCGGGGUGAUGAACCCGCUCCUGGGCAAGCUCACCAAGCUGCUCGGGGAGGAAUACAAGAAGCUCACAGGGGUGAGGAAGCAGGCCUCGUUCCUCAGGGAUGAGCUCAGCGCCAUGAAAGCUCUCCUCGACAAGCUCGAGCUCAUGGACGAACCUGAUCCCUUGGCCAAGGACUGGAGGGACCAUGUCAGGGAGAUGUCCUAUGACAUGGAGAACUGCAUCGAUGACUUCAUUCAUGACCUUGGCGUUGGCGGUGCCGAUGCCAAGGUGGGCUUCGUCAGGAAGACGGCGCAACGUCUCCGGAGGCUGGGGAGGCGUCAUAAGAUCGCCGACCGGAUCGAGGAGCUCAAGGUUCUUGCGGCGGAGGCAAAAGCUCGGCGUGAGAUGUACAGGAUUGAUGACUGCAUCAAUCCCAGUUCUCACGGCGUGGUUGCCGUCGAUCCCCGGAUGUCGGCGAUCUACAAGGAGGCGAAAGGGCUCGUGGGUAUUGAUGGCCCAAGGGAAAGUGUUGUCAACUGGUUGACUGCUAGUGUGAGAAAACUUAAUGUGGUUUCCAUUGUGGGAUUCGGAGGCCUAGGAAAAACUACACUUGCCAAACAAGUGUAUGAUAAGAUCAGAGGCCAGUUUGGAUGCACAGCAUUUGUUUCAGUUUCUCAAAGGCCUGACAUGACAAGCCUUCUCAGUGGCCUAGAGUUGAAGCUUGGGGUGGAGGAGUCUCGUCGUGCUCACGAGGUGCCGGACAUCAUCGACCGUCUUAGAGAACAUCUAAAAAAUAAGAGGUACCUUAUUGUAGUUGAUGACUUGUGGGAUCAGUCUGCCUGGGAUACUAUUAGUUGUGUCUUUGCAGAAGGCGGUAAUGGGGGUACAGUAAUAGUUACCACGCGAUUGGAUGAUGUCGCUUGUGGGGCAUGCCAUGAUCAUCAUGGAUACAUUUAUAGAAUGAAGCCACUUGUCAAUGAAGACUCGAAGAGGUUAUUCUUCAGUAGAGUAUUCAGGUCUGAAGAUGCUUGUCCACCUCAAUUAAAAGAAGUUUCAGCUCAGAUUUUAAAGAAGUGUGGUGGAUUGCCACUUGCAAUUAUCACUAUAGCAAGCCUAUUAGCCAGUCGCCAAGCAAGAUCAAGGAGUGACUGGGAAAGCAUAAAGGAUUCUCUGGGAACAAAUUUUGCUGCAUAUCCCACCUUGGAAGGGAUGAAAAAUAUAUUAAACCUUAGUUACCUUAAUCUUCCUCUCCGUCUCCGGGCAUGUUUUCUGUAUCUCGGUAUGUAUCCUGAGGACCGCGAGAUCAUGAGGGUUGAUCUGACUCGACAAUGGGUAGCCGAAGGCUUUGUCACUGGUCCUGAUGGGGCAGAUUUGGAGGAAGUUGCCAAAAGUUAUUUCAAUGAACUUGUCAAUAGAAGCAUGAUUCAGCCCGCUGGAGAAGAAAAGUCUGGAGAGUUGCUUUCUUGCAGAGUGCACGAUUUGAUGCUUGAUUUGAUUUUAAGCAAGUGUACCGAGAACAACUUUCUCAGUCCCGCACACAGCUAUGAAGAAAUGGAAAGAAUGCAUGGGUGCAACUACAAGGUUCGUCGAUUAUCCCUGAGCUUGAGCGAAGGUGGCGCCGCAAUACCAGGUUCGACCGUACCUGCUACUAGCCUGUCACAGGUUCGAUCAUUUGCAAGGUUUGGAGAUUGCAAGUACACACCUCCUCUUUGUCUGUUUAAGUAUCUCCGGGUGCUAGUCUUUGAGUUUCCAGAACAUUUGCGCAUGACAAUCGACCUCACUGCUAUUGGGCACUUGUUUCUGCUGAGGUAUUUGAAGGUUUCAGCGAAAUGGGCAGUUAUAGAUCUCCCUGUUGAAGUUAAAGGGCUUGUUCAUCUGGAGACUCUGCAGAUAUUCUGCCGGUCAGCACAAAGCUUUCCGUCAGAUGUAGUUUGCUUGCCCAAUUUGUUCCGUCUGAUCCUUCCGCGUGGUACUGGGUUGCCUGAAGGAACCCGGAACAUGAAAUCCAUCCGCACCUUGCAUUGUUAUAGUGUGUGGAAGAGCUCGGUGGAGGAUAUCAAGGGACUGGGCGAGCUGACCACUCUGAGGGACUUGGUGCUGGAAACGCCGUAUCGAUGUGAUUUAACGGAGGAUGGCGUUGAUGCUUUGGUCUCCUCCGUUGGAAAGCUCCGUGGCCUCAAGCGCCUCUCUCUCGAUUGCCAGCGUGCACGCUAUGACCACCGGCUGGAGUCAUUACCGGAUCAUCCUCUUCCCCGCAUCGAGGUACUGGAUCUGAUAGGCUGGCGGUUCGUAAGAGUGCCCCAAUGGAUUGGUGGUCUCCGCUGCCUCCAGGUCCUCUAUCUACGCACAGUUCGAUUCUCGUCGGAGGACGUUCGUGUUCCUGGAAUGCUGCCCUCGCUCGUCGUUGCCACCUUCCGAGUGCUGCGUAUCCCUCAAGACAAGGUGGUGGUGGGCACGGGACUAUUCCCGGCUCUGGAGCACGUGACGUUCAGCUCUGAUGAAGAUGUCACGGCAUACCUAGGCUUCGAGGCAGGAGCCAUGCCCAAGCUACGGACGCUCUGGUUCGAGGCGCAGAAAUGGGGCGGCGCGACGCCGGUCGGCAUGCACAACCUGUUAGCCCUCCAGCAGAUCAACGUUAAUCUCUGGCACACGGGCGACGUGACACGUGAGCAAGGUGAACAAGUGGGCUGGGACGUCGAGUCCGCGUUCGGCGACGUCUCACGGGCGCACCCAGCACGUCCUGCCGUUUCCGUCACAGAGUGGUAGCACGUACUACUACGGUGGUGAUUGCAACCCUGGUGAAGAGAUGUUGUUUUCUAAGUGGUGACACCGUGACAGAGAGGUGAUGGCCAUGGCAUGGAGGCCAUUGCCAUUAAAGAUCCAUCGUCCAUGCCGGAGUCGCCGACAUGUAGAAGUGUGGUGAAGAAGGCAAAGGUGUUCUGCUACAGCUGUCAAGAGCACGGGCACUUUGCCAAUGAGUGCCCCAAGCUGAAGAGGAAGGAGCUGCGGACGACGAACCAGCAGUGAAUUGAAGGUCCGAGUGGGGUACUCGAAUAACUGACAACAAGGUUAAGGGGCUACAAUACAUUAUCGGAGUUAACCUUGUUGUCGGCCGAUUAGAUAGAACUCUAUAUAUCUAUAAAAAGGUAAAUUAGUUUACAACAUUAUUUGACAUCAAGGUGCAGCUACAAAACCCUGCCCAUUUUCGUUGCACGAAUCUCUGUGACACGGGCAUGCGAGACAUAAGUUUGAUCUCUUCCUCUUCAGAAAGAAAAGAAAUAAAACACCUUUUGAUUUCUUCCUCUUCA